AUGCUCGGAGGGUUACCUUUUUGUGCCAGAUCAUUCGACGACACUAAAGAGGGAUCAUCUACUGCAGUAGCUGAAAGUGAACAACAAACAGCAACUGAUAAGGAUGCCAUUAGGUUAAGAAAAGAGGAAGUAACGGUCUGGAUGGUAAGUGUUCCAACUAUCAGUCCUCUUGCAGAUGAAUGGGUGCACGAGGUGGGGGAGGAUGGAGUUUUAUUUUUUCCGUUUAUCGAAAGUUUUCAUAUUCGAGGUGCAGUCUUGAAAUGGAUAAAGAAAACGUCAUUUUUAUCCGUUUAG